GAUUUUAAUCAUUUCAAUUCAAAGCAAAAAAGAAAUGUAAUAUAAAUACACGUGAAUAUUUCGAACAUACCUUUAUUAGACUAGUAUCAACGUAAUUUAAUAUGGAGGAAUACGCUCGGGAACCUUGUCCCUACAGAAUAGUUGAUGAUUGUGGUGGCGCAUUUGCGAUGGGAUGCAUAGGAGGCGGCGUAUUUCAAGCAAUAAAAGGAUUUCGCAAUGCACCUUCUGGCUUAAAUAGAAGAUUGGUGGGAAGCAUUAUUGCUAUAAAAACACGGUCACCCGUUAUAGCAGGCAAUUUUGCUGUCUGGGGUGGUAUGUUCAGUACCAUUGAUUGUACACUUGUCCACUUUCGAAAAAAAGAAGAUCCGUGGAAUUCGAUUAUAAGUGGCGCUGCAACUGGAGGAAUAUUAGCCGCUCGAAAUGGCGUUCCAGCUAUGGCAGGCAGCGCAAUAAUUGGGGGCGUACUCUUAGCUCUUAUCGAAGGUGUCGGAAUACUGUUCACAAGAAUAUCUGCUGACCAGUUUAAAAAUCCGGUACCACCUGCAGAUGACCCUGUAGCCCUUGGAGAUCCUGGAAGUAAUUUUUCAUUUGAAUCCGCUUCUAACCAAACACAAUAUCAAUAAAAUAGUGAAAACAAAAAACAAUAACCUUAAAA